GUUGAGUCUUGAAAUUUGCAAACAAUCACAACUUGUAUUAGCUUCGACUGAGAAAAAAAAUGGAAGACCAAGUGAAACUGCUAGGAGCUUUUCCAAGUCCCUUUAGUUAUAGGGUAAUUUGGGCUCUGAAACACAAGGGUAUCAACUAUGAAUACAUAGAGGAAGAUCUUUCAAAUAAGAGCCAUGAUCUUUUGACAUACAACCCUAUCUAUAAGAUGAUUCCUGUUCUUGUACAUGCUGGAAAACCAAUAGCAGAGUCCACAGUCAUCCUUGAAUACAUCGAAGAGACAUGGCCUCAGAAUCCUUUGCUACCAAAGGAUCCUCAUGAAAGGGCUCAGGCUAGAUUCUGGAUCAAGUUCGGAGAAGAUAAGAGCCCAGAAUUUUUCGCAAUAUUUCACAAGAUAGGGGAAGAGCAAGUCAAGGCAACUGAAAAAGCAAAGGAAGUGUUGAAAAUUAUAGAAGAGCAAGGUCUUGGAGAGAAGAAGUUUUUUAGCGGGGACACAAUUGGAUUAAGUGACAUAGUCUUUGGAUGGAUAGCGUUAUGGCUGGAAGUCAUACAAGAAGCUGCUGAAGUAAAGGUCUUCGACUCAGUUAGUACUUUUCCUCGUUUACAUGCUUGGAUACAUAACUUUAAGCAACUCCCUGUAAUCAAACAAAAUACCCCACAUCGGGAUGCAAUGCUAGCUUAUUUCAAACGUCGUCGAGAAAUGGUUGUAGCAGCGGCACAAGGUUGAGGACAUAUAUAUUUUCCAAAUAAUAGAGAUAUUCUAAGUAUGUUCCCUGUUUGAUCAAGUCUUGAACAUUUCCUUCUUCUCUUUUGAGUCUAAAGUACAAGUAUCCUAUUCCUAUGUUUUACUCAGUGCAGAUUGAACUGUUAUCCAUUACUAGCUUGUAUUGUGAAAAACUAGUCUAUUAAUUGGAACCUCCUUUAUGAGCAGAUAAUGAGCUCUUUGUAUGGUUAUUAAGAUAUAUGUCUGUGUAUACGUUUUGUAUUAGGAUAAUUUAUAUAUUUGGAAAAUGAAACAAUGUCGAUGA